AUCAUCAUCAUCAUCAUCAUCCAUCCGGUUACGAAGUCUGCCAUUCCGUUCUUGCACAGAACACAUUCAUCUGCCUACAGAUGGCUAGUUCAACGUAUUCCGGUGGUGAUGCAGGCGAACAAGAGUCCGAUGAGUCAUCCGGAGAAGAAAGUGGGAGCCAUGCCUCGGAACCGAUGCACAACCCCGUGCUGCGACUGGCGCUCAGCCUGCUCUGCUUAGCGUUCCUCUUCACAGUCUUCGUGUUGGGCAUAGUCAUCCUCAUCGUUAGAAGUAUCACCGGAAAGAAAGUAAAACCAAUAGAGGAGAAUGUGACAGACGUUGCCGACAUCGAGUUAGAAACGACUGUCAGACACAACGAUACGGAUCUGGACAUAAAUACUACUGCUCAAUGGCCUUUCGAACUUUUCCCCUUGAACUGGAGCUACUUCGGGCUGUCGCCAAUGAACGCCAGCGCUCCGCACUUGAUCGUGAUAUGAUGUCACCUUCGACUGUUGUUGGCAGAGCAUAAUGUUACAAAUGUGUACAAAGCGUACUCAUAAACCCUUUCAUAAGCACA